UUGUCACAAACACGUUGGGAAAGUCAUGUUGAAAGUGUUAGGCCUAUAAAAGAGCAAACUGUACAAAUAAUAGAUGCUUUAUUUGACUUGGUAGAUACUAGUGAAGAUCCUAAAACAAAGAGUGAAACUGAGUCCUUAGCAACAUAUGAACUUUAGAAUUUUGAGUUCUUGCUUGGCAUGGUAAUUUGGUACAAGUUAUUGCAUGCAAUCAACACUAGAAUCUGGGUUUGAUAAGGCCAUGGUUGAAGCGAAACAAAUAGCAAAUGAAAUGGGAGUUGAAGCUGUAUUUCGAGAAAAACGCAUGAUUCGAAGAAAGAAACAGUUUGAUGAGGAUGACAGUGAUAAGAUAACACAAUCAGCAGAAGAUUCUUUUAGAGUAAAUUAUUUCCUCUUCAUAAUUGAUCAAGCUCGUUCUUCAUUUCAAACUAGAUUUGAACAAUUUAAAAAAUAUGAGGAAACAUUUGGAUUUCUGUUUAAUUUGGAGAGGUUGAAGUGUGUUGAUGAUGAUACUUUAUUGGGGUCUUGUAAGAAUCUUGAAAAAUCCUUAACGCAUAAUGGUCAUUCUGAUAUUGAUGGAGAUGAUUUGUUUUUGGAGUUGACAAUCUUGAAAUACUCUUUACCUAAAGAAACAAAAAAAGCAAUUGAUGUGGUGAACUAUUUGAAGAGAAUGGAUGGGUGUUUCCCAAAUGCUUGUGUAGCCUACAGAAUUUUGUUAACUAUACCAGUUACAGUUGCAUCUGCAGAAAGAAGUUUCUCCAAGUUGAAGUUGAUCAAGACUUAUCUCCGCUCAACUAUGUCACAAGAUAGAUUGAAUGGUUUAGUAAAGAUGUUGGCUACUUGA